GUUGUGGAAAAGGUGGCAGCUUUCUUGCAUGGCAACGUACUGUAAGUAUCUACUGGCAUCCACUGCUAUCAAUAGCAUCAAUACAUCAGGAAUUUGUAAAUACUUUAAUACAAUAUUUAAUUUCCACACUUGUUGUGGAAAAGGUGGUAGCUUUCUCGCACAGCAACAUACUGCCAGUAUCUACUGGCAUCCACUGCUAUCAAUAG